UCUGUCCACAACCAUCUGUGAGGAAUUUAGAGCGGUCUCAACCCGCGGGCUAACCAUAAAAUGACCUUCAGAAUGGGGCAAGGUCCCAAAUCCGAGUUUGUUUAGCAUGUAGCAACUAUGGUCAUCCUGUCAGAUAGGAAAGUGCCGAGUAAGCAACAGAACACUGCCAGCAAUAUCUUUGAGGAUGUCACUGUAUACAUCUGAAAAUCCUGUGUUUGCCACAUUCAGCUUCUAUGCUGCAUUGUUGGGAGCAAAGACCCUGUUCAUGGCUUUCCUAACUGCCCGCCAAAGAUAUCGUAAGAUGGCAUUUGCCAACCCGGAAGAUGCAAAAUUAAACAAGGGUAAAACAAAAACUGAUGACGAUGUAGAACGAGUUCGUCGAGCCCACCUCAAUGAUUUGGAGAAUAUUCUACCUUUCCUUAGCCUUGCAUUUGUCUAUGUUGGCACAGGACCGACUUUGGGUUGUGCCAAAUUUUUAUUUCGCACAUUCGCUGCUGCUAGAUUCCUCCAUACGUUUGUCUACGCGGUAGUCGUCAUCCCACAGCCUGCUAGAGCUUUGGCGUUCUUUGCAGGCAUGGUUGUAAACCUUUACAUGGCUUAUGCUAUUUUGACGAAUUACGCAUCUGCCUUCUAAAAUUGCUUUGCUUAACUAUAUGGGUUGGUGCUCAGGAAUUGUACCUCAAUAUAAACGAGAUUAUUUCCGAA